UUAUAAACCAACAGCAGGAUUUUAAAGUCAACUCUUUGUUGGACAGGAAGCCAGUGCAAAGACCUCAGAAAUUCGUUAGCAUAGCCGUUCAUUCACCCUAGUUUAGUCUGCUGGUGUAGUUGCCACGGCUCCCAAACAGUGGCACAACUUGCAGCUGAGCUUGCAACAGGAAGUGCCUCUACUAGCUGCCGCUGCCACAUUUUGAGCUUGCCCUUUCUCGCGGACGCCAUCGCAAGGAUGCUACGCUGCAUUCACAGUGGUGUGUGGAAGUGCAAAACGUCAGACAACAAUGUACACAUGCGACAUCCUCUGUCCCAGGACCCUCACAUCGGAAAAACCCGUUAACGGGGAGAAAAUUGAAAGAAAGGAGUUUAGUCCUUUUCCCGGCUGUCUUGCCCCUUUUCUUGGGUCGAUCACACUUCCCAUGGCUUUUUGUUCGGCCGGUCUGGCUUAGUGGUUGCAAGAGCAGCUGCACUUAAUCCAAUUCUCGUACUUUCUUUUGCGAUAUUGCUGAGUGUGUUUUUAUCAUGAAUGUAGCAAAGUCUGUGGGAGAUAACGGCCACCACAUCUGCAUGCGCCGUCGUUGCCACAGCAGAUUCAUUGAUUGAUUGGCUUGCUUCCCAUAUACAAGUUGAAGCAUUUUUUAGCUUUUGUAGUGCAUUUUCACAAAGGGAUGAAUAAUUAUUUCAAGUUUGUUGUUUAAUUUCAGUUUAACUUACCUUAAGUAACACAAGACUGUGUACCAACUGGUGCAACGAGACUGCAGUGUAAGCUGGCUUGCAACCAGAGUAGUAUCUAUAUGCUAGCUGGGAGUCAGAAGGCACUGCCAAGAUGGUGAUGGUGGUAGCCACAGGAGCCCACCACUUUGAGCUACACAACGAUUUCACGUAAUACACUAAGUACAAGCUUAGUUAGCCUCAAAACUAGAGGGUUUCCACCAACACGGACGAGUCCCCAAAUAGAGAAGUGAUUUUUACCAGAAGAGAAAAUUACCUUUUAUUUGUAGUCAUUUGUAGACCCACAUAUUUUUUAAAAUAUUUGCUCUGCCUGUGGGUGAUGUGGUUUCAACAUACAUGUUGUAUCAUUCCAGAGUGCAGGAGGACCACCCCAUCAUGUCUUUCACUGUUUCCAAAAAUGGAAGGUUAGCUCUGCUCAAUGUUGCAACUCAGGGAGUGCACCUAUGGGACCUGCAGGACCGGGUGCUGGUGAGGAAGUACCAAGGGGUGACCCAGGGCUUCUACACCAUCCACUCCUGCUUCGGAGGGCACAAUGAAGACUUCAUCGCUAGUGGCAGUGAAGACCACAAAGUUUACAUCUGGCACCGGCGCAGUGAGCUGCCCAUCGCAGAGCUGACUGGUCAUACCCGCACAGUCAACUGUGUGAGCUGGAACCCCGUCCUGCCGGGACUGCUGGCCAGCGCAUCCGACGACGGGACCGUCCGUAUCUGGGGACCUGCCCCUUUCCUGGAUGUCCAGGAUGCAGAGGGGCUCAAUGGUAUGAACAUGAAAACUAGUAUGUGUACUCAAAACGGAAGAGGUUGGAUUAUCUGUCAGCCAUUGCUUUCAUCAGGCUCCUCAACAGUUUACAUAAAUAGGAGUAGAAUCCACAGUUUCUUCCUACAUUUUGUUUUGAAUUAACACCAGCAGUCCUCCUCAACACAAGCACAUUUCAAACUCUGAAUGUUGAUGAAAUAUAUUCAUGUAUAAUCUUGAUUUGAAAUUUAGUAAAAUGGCUUAGAUGACGUCUUUGAGUAAGAAUCCUAAACAUGGAAAAAAUGAUUCCAUGUUUAAUGAAAACUACAUAAAACCAAGUAAUAAUAGAUGAAAUAAAUAAUUAAAUAAGACUAAAAGUAAUAUAGUAAGAAAUAAUUGCGCUAAGAUACAACAAAAACAGUUCAGGAGAAUCCACUUUUAAAUAAUGCCUUUUUAAGAGAGCUUUAAAUGAAGAAACAGAGCUGGCUUGCCUGAUCUACAGACUCGAGGGGUCCUGACUCCAAACACCCGGUCUCCUCUGGCUUUUAGCCUCGACUUAGGACCUACAAACAGACCCCCGCCAGAGGAUCUAAGGCUGGUAUGGGGAUAGCAGGUCACAGGUCGGUCCUUAAAAAUGAUCAUUUCAUCAUCAAAUCUUAAAAUCUAACCUAAAUGUAAAGGUAACCAAUGUAGGGAUGCUUCUAUGCACUCUUUUGUUGGAUAUUGUGAGAAGUCUUGCUGUGGCAUUCUGGACCAGUUAAAUAAAGCCUGAAGCGGUUGCAUUGACUUAGAGAGACACAAAGAUUCGCAGUAAGCUAACCUGAUGGAUGAGAGUUUCCAUGUUCUUCUUUACAGAUGAAAAAGGUUUAGGAAUGUUACAAAGUAACAGGAAGCCACAGACUUGUUAAAGAUGACGCCUCAUUUCUACAGAGAACCUAAGGCUACAUGCACACUACUACGUUUCAUUAUAAAACAGCGUUUUAAAACAAAAAUGAUCUCCGUCCAGACGAGUGUUUUAGCGAGGUUUUAGGAAUAAUCUCCGUCCGUACUACCACGCCUGAAAUCACAUGACCAGGGCUGGUCAUGACGCUGCAUACGGGAUUUGUUGCAAAGCAUUGGAAUAAUAGCAUGUGCAUGUAAGCAGUAGUAGCAUUUAACUGCGACAGAUGGUAGCAUAGAAAACAAGUUCAGCAACACCUCUAAUUUGUUAUCCAUAUUGGAAUUAAACUCUGAAUUGAGGUUUGUUAGGUUUGAUUUAAAAUCAAAGGUUCUGCUACCUUUACCAAGAAAGAACAUUAUUGAAGUUAUUUAAAAUGGAUGUGUAAACAGCUGGCUCUUUGAGAAGUGGUUGAACUAUGGCCAGAAGUUGAGUGGAUGAUUGAUUAUGGCUGGAAUAAAAGGACAGGUUGACUGAAAUAUCUCCUUAGUUGAAAGAAUAUCCAGGGAACAAGAUGAUGAUUUCAUGUUGGUAAUGCUAUCUUGGUUAGCUGCUUAGCAGUGACAGAUUUAAAUGCUACCACCAGGGUGCAGGAUGAACUAUAGCAAAAAGAGUAAUUCAGUUCCAAAACAAACACCAAAACAAAUCCUCACAUUUAUCAAUGAAAGGUUCAGGAAUAUGUUCAGUAGGGUUUGUGAUGUGGCUAGUAACAGUUGUUUCACUUCAGAUCUGAAAAUACUUUGAUUUUUGAGUUUCUGUAGCCUUUCAAGGUUAGGGCAAGGUUUUAAAGCCAUUUGCGUUGUGCUUGUGACAAGUUUUCUGAAUGGAUUGAAUCAUAGAGCCAGAGAUGCUGAGAUGACGAUUUAAAACAUUGCAAAACCUACAGCACACUUCAGUCUCUGUGACAAGACUGACCACGCUUUGCCCAACUGGCCUGCUCUUAGUAGGUUAACAGCUCAGUGCACACAGCUAAACUGUCUGUAUUUUCAUCAAUGUAUAUGGUGAUGGCACACCUACAGUAACCUCUCUAAAAUAACACAAACCCAUAUUGUCCAGUAUUAUGUCAUUUGACCUCACACAAAUUGCAACAACUGUUUUACUUGUAUCGUACCCCUAAAGGUAUCCUCAUUUACAUAGACAAAAGUGUGACUUCACAGUUAAAAGGGGUACCCUUUCAAAGAUCUGGGUAGAACUAGACCAGAUCUGGGUCGAAUAGGAUCAGAUAUGGGUUGAACCAGGUCUGGGUAGAAUAAGAGCAGGUCUGGGUAGAACAUGACCAGAUCCUAGUAGAAAUUAGGACCAUAUCUGGUUGGAAAUAGGACCAGGUCUGGGUGGAUAGCACCAGAACAACUAUGUAAUCAUAAUUAGUUCUCAUCACUGAUGUACUGUAUUUGUUUUUUGUUGGUUUUUUUGCUUCAAGGAAAAAAACCGAAUGGACCAAUCUAUAAUGCACAACAAUGUAGGCUUGUAUGGUGGCUGAAAUAUGGCUGACAAGGUGUUCUUGGUACGAUCAUACUUGGGCGAUUUUAUUCCCCUUUAUACAAUUCCUUGGGACUUUUAUUUCUCUCAUUCAGACCGUGGGGACACAAAAUGUAUCGAGUUUGUUGCUUGUUGCAAUUUGCGUGAAGUUGUCCCACAUUUGGAGGUAAAAUGCCUGGACUGGUGCAGAGCAAAGAUCGAUGAGGGAUUCUUACCAGCAUCCAGCUAGUUGUUUCUAAUAUUUUGUCCAGCCAUUUUUGUUCAAUCAGGGUCGACUGAAUAUGAGGAACAACACACAAGAGUCCUGGGUGACUUUCACACCAUGUGAUUGUACUUUCCAUCCAGGCAGCAAAAACACACUAUCUGUCGACAAACAUAUCUUUUAAUGUUUGUGCUGCUGGUUUCUGGCUAGAACACCUCACUUAUAAUGAAUGAAAAUCAAUUCUUAAGAGCUCCUCCUGAAGAGAAUCUGCAGCCUGCGGAACAGAAAUGUGUGAGUUAUGAAUGCUAUGACUUCUGUCUUUUUCCUGUGCUGUCAGAAUGUUGCAGCAUGGACAGCUGAUGAUCUGCUGCUGAGGAGCACUAAGACUCUUAGACACUUGAAUGGAUGAAGCAGGAAACGUUUUGGUCACUGGACAGCAGCUUCCUGGAGACGGGGCCAGUCAUGCAUGUCAGGAUGUCACAACACAGAGAUGUCAGACCUACUCACAUUAUUGAGAGCAGAGCCGGCCAGAUGAAGCUGGGCUCCACGACCUCCAGUAUCUGACCCGCCUCCUGUCCGCUCCGUUCCCUCAGUACCAUCCAGGACCACCCACCUCCUCUUAUUUAUUAUCAACUACAUUAUGUAUUCAUGAGUAGUUCACGGACUUGUGCUAGGCUGUCACAUAGCGGCGCCUUGUGGAGGUUAUGUGUUGUUAUUUUUUAUUCAGUCCUGAGUCUGAUCUGCUCUGAAGAAGCUUCAACUUUUUUCAUCUUUCACCUCCUAAAGAGAUUUGAACUAUAAGGCCAUUUGAUGGAUGCACCCACUUGAAGAGUAUCUUUAAAUAAAAAAAAAUCUAUCAUUUAUGCAGAGUACAUUUUAGUUUCUUUUUUUCCUCCAGCUUUGCUGCUUCUAACUAGAGAAGGAAUAGUAUGUGAUGAGCAUGUUGCAUACGAUUGCACAGGACGUUUUACACUCGCAGUGUGUCCUGCUAUAGAAUAGAUUGAUGCCUUCUGAGAGUAUACAGCAGAUGUGUGGAAACCUAUAGAGUUCGAAGGAUUAUCUGUCCAUCCUUACCUCUGCAUAAUUAUCUGUGUAGUUUGCUCUUUAUGUUGCUGUGACAUCUUUGCUCUCUUCACUAUUUGCUCUUUAUUUCUGUUUCCAUUGCAGCCUGUUGCCCUCUUUCCCUGCAUACAAACAGUCUUCAUAUGAAUUUUACUUUGUUUGGUUUAGUUGUUACAUGUUUUAAGUUGAACUUAUUACAAUUUUUAACUUAUUUGUUUUUGAUUUACUACAAGUGGAGAGAGACACUCCCUGAUUUCUUACUGUACCCAGUAGAGCCCCCAAAAUCCCGGCUCAACUGUGAUCUUUGGCUGGUGUUGUUGUUAUGUUUCAUAUUGUCAACAAAUCCAAUGAAAAGACCAGAAGCAACAAUGUGUCUGUUUGUCAGAACUUUCUGACGUCUCUAACCUGUCUGACACUAAGCUGCAAGCCCAUUGGUUCCUACUGAAGAUGUAAAUCUUUGAGCCUUUUUUUAAACGUGUCUUUAGUCAUUUCCUAAAGCAGAUGGUUACUGUGGUUUGUAACAAACAUUACUCAGUCAGGAAGAAAUGGUGCGUUUGUUGAUUAUUGACUAUUUUGAUCGGAGAAUUAAUCCAAAAUUGGCGCUCUAGUGAGUAUUUGUGCAGCAGGACGGUGUGUGUGGGAUUGAGUCAAAAUAAAGGUCAGUGUGUGUGUUCACACACUGACCUUUAUUGACACAGGAGCAUGUCAGCCAGUGAAACCAUGUAACUCAUGUGUUUGAAUAGUUUGUGGACAACAAUGGAGCUCUAUGGCACAGAUGAAAAAUAUCUAUCAGGCGGUGAUACACACAAUACUUGCUUUCAUUUUUUACAAGUAAGGUCUGUGCAUGAGAUUUGUUCAUGAUAUAAAUAAAGAAAUAAAAAAUUGCCGGCCAUAACUAAGUUCAGGACAUUAGUAAGCUGAGGAGACACAGUAACAAAGUGAUGGAGUGUAUCUGUAACAAUCAUUGUACACAAGUGUAACAUAAGGUUAAUAUGAACGUCUACAGUGUUCCCUUCAGAGAGUCAAAAGAACAAUCUUGCCGAAUAUAAUAGUCUGUGUAAUAUGUUGUGUAUAUUUGUAUGUAAUGGCAUGUAUUAUGAGGCUGUGUAGAAAAGGCAAACAGGAUGAUGUGUUCAGGGUUCCCAUGCAAGUUUUUUUUACUGUCAAAUUCCAAAAGGUUUCAGAUGCUCUUUCAGCGCUUCAUAACAAACAGUCUUCACUGCACUACUGUUGUAUACUGUUGUAAUAUUAAGCAGCAAGUUUACAUUAACAUCUGCUUACACAGAAAAAUCAAUGUGAGAUUCACAAACUACAGUGCAGCUGAACUUACGUUUUGGUUUCCAAACUGCUUCAACAGAGAAUUUCUUUUUCAAAACCUUUCCAGGCCAGAACAAUAACCGCAGGAUGUUCAGGACUGUGGGAACCCUGUUUGUCUGCCAAGACGCCAUCACCACUUCCAUCACACAUCACACAUGCGCUAGUGGUACACAAUAAUGGAUGUCACACACACACUUGAUUCAAUCACAGAUGUGAUGUUCUAGUUUCUGCUUUUGCAGCUUCCUUUGUUUAUUCCGAGUAUUUCAGGCUUUUCUUUUCUCUUCUCGUUAUAAGAAGCCAAAGUAGGAACUUUGUUUGCUUGCAGGCAGUUUCUGCCAGAAACCAUUUGACAUUUUAAAUGUGUUAUUACAAAACGUGAUUGUACUGUUGUGUAUUGUCUGUCGGAGAAGUGUUAUGUACGCUUAUUUUAAAUAAAGCAUUCAGGGUUUUAAAAUGUAA